ACACACAUUUUACAAAGACUCCUGGGGAUUUCAUUGGAAGCUAUAUUUAAACCAUUAUUCAGAAGCCCUAACCCGGAAGUUUCUUCAGGUACUUUGUAGUAUUUGGAAUUUGGAUUUAAAACGAAACAACGAUUUAUUUAAUACAUCACCCUCCUAAAAAAAAAGCACAACGAGGGACACAAGAUCUACGUGUAACUGAUCGAUGACGAUGUUAUGAAACCUCCGAAAAUGGAAGAUUAUCAGGAACCAAUAGUCAAGUUUUAACGAACUCUUGCAAAAAGAAUCACCCUUCUUUUCUUCUUACCAACCUUUGAAAUGACGGAUCGCUGUAAAAGAAAGGUAGUAAAACCAAGAUUUUCAGAAACUUGUGGCGAAAAUAUUGAAGUCGAACUUGACUCUGCAAAGAAUCCCGUCAAAGCAAAAUGGAAAUUUUCGAACUCGUGUGGAUUGGCCUUUUCUGGUUUCUCUUUGUUUAACAACCGGAGGUAUGAAGUCAUCUUUAGCGGAAGUGGACACGCGCGGAUAGGAUUCACACAGACCGAUCCUGAUCACUUGUUGGACAUUCAGCAAGCUGUGAAGAAUAAUCAGAUUUUGUUUUUGUCGGAUGUUCGCUAUCACAAACGACAAUGUGUUGUGGAUAUUAUGAGGAGGGUUGGGAUCAAUGGUUCCACAUUCGAGACCAAAUAUAAGAAUGACAAUCCACAAACUAAAGAACUUCUACCCUCUUACGAUGUUUGGGCAGUCAUUUGUCUCAAGUUUGGAGAAAUAACAGCGGAAAUAAGAGACAAGGAAAACCAAACAACCUUGAAAUUCCAUAGAAAAAGCGAAAGAAAUGUGAAGCAUACGGACUUGAAAAUUUCCCUUACCUCACCUGUUCCAUUAGCUUAUGCAUGCUUGGAAAACACUAUAGGUACAGGCGAGAGCAUCCUCGUUAAAGUAGAACACAUUAAUAAAGAUGAAAAACCACCGAAUUCAUUUCAUCUCCGCGUAGGACUGACAAACAAAAGGCCACUGUCAAAUUCAGUAUUAGACUUUUCCCCUUCUUUAUGUAUAAAAAUUGAAAAGGAUGAAUGUUUGGGCGAUUUAUUCGUGUGUAUUUCCAGAAGAGGACAUUUUCAUGUAUGCAAAGACGAAUCUUGUAUAGAUACAAAAGCACUUCCCCCGGGCAUGGAUCCUAAAUUACCUAUGUACGUGUGCUUUGAAAUUUUUCGUGUCCGAAUCGAGUUAAUGGGAACCUUGUACUGUAAGCAUUCAGAUGCCAUGCAGUAUCCUAAAGAUCCAUCGCAAGAAAAUGAGUCUUUUUAUGCCAUUGUUGAGAUGAUUCAAAAAGUCGACGAGGACAUACGAACGGGAAAAAUUACUCCGGAGGUCCAAAAAAAGUUUACUGAGGGCCUUACAGAUUAUGCUAACCAUAUUUCAGUCAGAGAUCGGUCAAAAUCGGUUUAUCAAAUGAAAGGAGCUGAUGAAUACCUAACACCCACCAGCACAGGUCCAAUCAAGGGCAAUAAGACGGAUAUGUUUACAUUGAAAGAUGUUUGGGAGAAGCUGGAAGACAUCCAAAAAAGAAUUAAGGAUCAACAUUUAGAGAGACAUCAGGACUGCAAAAAAAUAUUGGAAGCCAUCGAGUUUUACUGCGAAAAAAUCACUGGAGAAAGAAAGGAGAAAGAAAUGAAUAGCGAAGUCUUCAAGAAUCAUCUCAGAAGCACGUGUGCAGGUUUCAUUGCGAAUGUAGACUGCUUUCCACUUUGUGACCACUUACUGCAAACUGGCAUAUUCCACCAACAUCAAUACGAAACUAUUCUGGACGAACAUAGACAAAAUCGACAAGAAGCUCGUCGGUCUUUGUUUAGUAUUUUGUUGAAGAAGGAAUACACACCAGAACAACUUCGAAAUCUAUGGGCGGCUUUUAGGGAUACAAAGCAGGAGACUUUACUUCCCAAACUCGGUUCAUCGUAACUAUUUAAAACCUCAGUUAAGAAUUUCUUGUAUAUUGUAUUGUUUGUUUGUUCCUAAUUUUGCUUUGGAUGAAAGUCUAAUAAAUUCAAAG